AGCCUGGCCACCUCUGCUGGUUGUUCAGCCAGGCUCCAUGUCAGAUCCAGUUUGGAGCACAAACCCAGGGAUCACGCAGUAAGGUAUCUCACCCCUUUGCAAUGGGCGGCGACAGUGGGCAGGCUGGCACCCACACCUAUCAGACCCUAGCUGAGGAUGGCCCCUGGGGAUCUGUGGAGCUACCCAGAAGACCCACAGGCAGACUCAUCAUGCACAGCAUGGUCAUGUUCGGCCGAGAGUUUUGCUAUGCAGUGGAGGCGGCUUAUGUGACCCCAGUCCUGCUCAGUGUGGGCCUGCCCAAGAGUCUGUACAGCAUGGUGUGGCUCCUCAGCCCCAUCCUGGGAUUCCUCCUACAACCUGUUGUGGGAUCAGCCAGUGACCACUGCCAGUGCAGCUGGGGCCGCCGGAGACCCUUCAUCCUCACCUUGGGCCUCAUGAUGCUCCUGGGCAUGGCACUGUACCUCAAUGGAGAUGCGGCAGUAUCAGCUUUGAUUGCUAAUCCAAGGAGGAAGCUGGUUUGGGCCAUAAGCAUCACCAUGAUAGGUGUGGUCCUCUUUGAUUUUGCUGCUGACUUCAUUGAUGGGCCCAUCAAAGCGUACUUAUUUGAUGUCUGCUCCCAUCAGGACAAGGAGAAGGGUCUCCACUACCAUGCCCUCUUCACAGGUUUUGGAGGUGCCCUGGGCUACCUUUUGGGUGCCAUAGACUGGGCUCAUCUGGAACUGGGAAGAGUCAUGGGCUCAGAAUUCCAGGUCAUGUUCUUCUUCUCUGCCUUGGUGCUCACUUUGUGUUUCAUCAUUCAUCUGUGCAGUAUCCCUGAAGCCCCACUUAGAGAUGGUGCAACAGACAUUAUUCCCCCAGAGUCAGCCCCUCAGGACCUUCCAUUGUCAUCAGAUGGAACGUACGACUAUGGCUCUAUCGAGAAAGUUAAAGUUGAUUAUAUAACCCCAGAGCUGGCAAUACGGGGGGAAAAGAACAAAAAUCCUGAUGAGCAGACUCGGAGGGCAAUGACCAUGAAGUCACUCCUGAGGGCGCUGGCGAGCAUGCCACCCCACUACCGCUUCCUCUGCGUCAGUCACCUCAUUGGAUGGACUGCCUUCCUGUCCAACAUGCUCUUCUUCACAGAUUUCAUGGGCCAGAUCGUGUAUGGCGGGGAUCCCUACAGUGCACACAACUCCACAGAGUUUCUCAUCUACUCCCGAGGCGUCGAGGUCGGAUGUUGGGGCUUGUGUAUCAACUCUGUGUUUUCUUCACUCUAUUCUUACUUUCAGAAAGCUUUGGUAUCCUACAUCGGAUUGAAGGGUCUUUAUUUCAUGGGGUAUUUGCUCUUUGGCCUGGGGACAGGGUUUAUAGGACUCUUUCCCAAUGUCUACUCCACCAUGGUCCUCUGUGCCUCAUUUGGAGUAAUGUCCAGCACCCUGUAUACUGUGCCCUUUAACCUCAUUGCUGAGUACCAUCAAGAGGAGGAGAAGGAGAUGCAGCAGGCCCCCGGAGCCAGCCCAGACAGCAGUGGGCGAGGGAAGGGCGUGGACUGUGCCGCCCUCACCUGCAUGGUGCAGCUGGCUCAGAUCCUGGUCGGAGGUGGCCUGGGCUUUCUGGUCAACACUGCUGGGAGUGUCAUCGUCGUGGUGAUUACGGCCUCUGCGGUGGCACUGAUUGGCUGUUGCUUUGUGGCUCUCUUUGUUAGAUAUGUGGAUUAAGUCAAUAAAGAGACAGUGACCCAGACAAAUCCACUCAGACAAGUGCAGCACAUGGAAGAAAAUCAAUCUUUUCUGCGACUCUGCAUGUUUGGGGUCUACCAUUGGAUGCUCUGUGUCGUGAUUUCAGUUGGAGUAUCUGCCCACUCCUUGUGUUCAGCCAGUCCCCUGCACAACCAUUCCCAUGUUUCAGGCCUCUUUCACCUGGGCUACGCCUCUGUGCACUGAUGGCCAGCAUAAGUGUGUUUGGGAGCACCUACCGGCUCACCUUCCUCACUGCAUUUCAGUGCAAAGGUGGUGGGGGCAGGGUCUAUUUUCUACAGGGCACUUUAGGCCUUAAUGAAACCUGAGAAGAUAUACUUGCUCAU